UUCAAACGACAAAUCAUUAAAACCUUCAGAGAGGACAAUUUAUCACAAUUUACCCUAGUGUUUUGUAUGUAAUGUAAAUACAAGUGUAUUAAAUUGACAGCUGAAUUUACAUAUUGGGGCAAUGGCAGCUCAGUGGUAGAGCGAGUCGUCUUUCAACUCGAAGGUUGUGGGUUUGAUUCCCGGCUAGUAUUUCAGAACUUUCCCUUGUUUCUGAGGUGCACUUAACUCUUUUACUCCAGUUGUCAGACCGUUCUCAGUCACCCACUCACUCAGAGACGCUCUCCUCUGUUUCUCUCUGCCUCCUUUCCUUCCUCAUUCACUUGAACGAGACUCAACACGUCACUUUGCCCAUUCAAAGCUGCUUCCUGUUCACACUCUCUGUUCCCUUCACUCCAGCACCGAUCCGCAGACUGUGCCUUGGAUGGCUUAGGUGCACGUGUGUGUAAAUGUGUGACAGCGGAGUGUGUGAGGACAAGCCCCCCGCCCCCCCUGUCAGGAUGAGCAGCCAAGGAGGAGGAGCCAAGGACACGCAGUCGGCCAAUCACAGCUCUCGGCCGCUGCCGUCUGUACCAGAGGAGAGGAAGUCCAGGAACAAGAUCAUCUCCAUGUUUGCCUCUGAGAAAGGAGGCAGGAAGAAGGACCGGGACAAGGACAGACCUGAGAUAUCGUCUCCGUCUGACUUUGAACACACCAUCCAUGUGGGUUUCGAUGCCGUCACUGGAGAGUUCACUGGUAUGCCAGAGCAAUGGGCCCGUCUCCUUCAAACCUCUAACAUCAGUAAAUCAGAGCAGAAACAGAAUCCUCAGGCCGUCCUCGACAUUCUCAAGUUCUAUGACUCCACCACUGGAAAACAGAAAUACCUCAGUUUUUCUGCCUCGGAUAAAGACUCACAGUCGCUGGGUAAACAGGGUACGGUGACCUCUCCGUCAGGUGGUAAAGGUGGCGACGAUGACGACGACGACGAUACGCCUCCUCCCAUUGUCGCCCCGCGACCGGAACACACCAAAUCAGUGUACACGAGGUCGGUGAUAGAUCCACUGCCAGCUCCAGAGGGAGACGCUGCGUCAAAGGCAGCUGACAGACAGAAGAAGAAGGGAGGAGGCAAAAUGACUGAUGAGGAGAUCAUGGAAAAACUAAGAACUAUAGUUAGUAUUGGAGAUCCUAAGAAGAAAUACACUCGCUUUGAGAAGAUCGGCCAGGGGGCGUCUGGCACCGUUUACACAGCCAUAGAUGUUGCCACAGGACAAGAAGUGGCUAUCAAACAAAUCAACCUGCAGAAGCAGCCAAAGAAAGAGCUGAUUAUCAACGAGAUCCUGGUCAUGAAGGAGCUGAAGAACCCAAAUAUUGUCAAUUUCUUAGACAGUUUCCUUGUAGGAGAUGAGCUGUACGUGGUGAUGGAGUACCUGGCUGGUGGCUCCCUCACUGAUGUUGUGACGGAGACGUGCAUGGACGAGGCUCAGAUUGCCGCCGUCUGCAGAGAGGUCCUUCAGGCUCUAGAGUUUCUUCAUGCCAACCAGGUCAUCCACAGAGACAUCAAGAGUGACAACGUGCUGCUGGGGAUGGAUGGAUCAGUCAAACUCACUGACUUCGGCUUCUGUGCCCAGAUCACUCCAGAGCAGAGCAAGCGCAGCACCAUGGUGGGGACUCCAUACUGGAUGGCUCCAGAGGUGGUGACCAGGAAAGCCUAUGGACCCAAAGUGGACAUUUGGUCUUUGGGGAUCAUGGCCAUAGAGAUGGUGGAGGGAGAGCCUCCGUAUCUCAAUGAGAACCCUCUGAGAGCUUUGUAUUUAAUUGCCACCAACGGGACUCCUGAGCUGCAGAGUCCAGAGAAGCUGUCUCCCGUCUUCAAUUCCUUCCUGUCCCGCUGUCUAGAGAUGGACGUGGAGAAGCGAGGAUCAGGCAGGGAACUGCUGCAGCAUCCAUUCCUGAAGCUGGCCAAGCCUCUGUCCAGCCUCACCCCGCUCAUCCUGGCAGCCAAGGAGGCCAUGAGGAGCAACCGCUAAAUCCCAGUCUCAAAAGACUAUAAAAGAGCCGAGAGAACCAGGACCGGACCAGCAAGCAUCUUCUUUUUCUCGUCUACAUAUGAUGAUCAUGAGUGACCUAUUUCAUUUUUCCCAAAGGGUCAUAGAAUGAAUCUCCGCUCCUUAACUAUUUCCUUUUCUGCGCUGAAGCCAUAUUUAUUUGACCUUUUGUCCUUUUGUUCCAAAGUUAGAGUGUGCAUUUUACGAAUCAUCGUUGCAAAGGUUCAAGACGACUAACACACCAAAGUCCACACUCACAAAGCAUCUUAUGUCGUUCAUAAAGCCUGUAAAUGUUCCUCUUUAACCUUUUUCAUAAAACACUCGACAGCUGCCUUUACUGAGGAAGGAAGAGAGGGGGGUGUUAAUAUGGAUGCGAUCAAAGCUGUGUCUAAAUUCCAUAGUACACACUAAUUAUAAGCAGGGGUGUUUUUUUUUCAGUAUAGGGUGUUCAAAUUGAAGAAACACAAAAGUAAACAACAGAUUUAUUAACUCAUAAUGAUUUUUAGUGAAACAAUCUCAGAAAAGCCUUGGAAUGCCUUUUGAUCAACGCUGCUUGAGCAAAUCUUCAAAUACUCUGUAUACUGUAUGACAAAAGUAACCUUGGUCAUUUUUAGGAUUCUAGAGUUUGGUGUGUGAAGAGACGGGAACCUUCUCAACCGGUUUCUAUGGCUGCUGUUGCUAUAGUUACAUGUAUGCGUUCUGACAGGGUCCAUUAGUCUUGAAAGCAGCCUGCCUGGAAAAGCACACUGUACUAUGACUGCACUGUACUGCGCUCCCAGCAUUGAACAGUGCGGCCUUUGUGCAGUGGAAAAGCCAUAAAGUGUCCUUGUGUGACCUGGUAUCUCACUCACUGAAAAUGAAACCAUUCCUGUAAGGGGGUGGGCAUUUUUUUUGUGUGGUUUUGAACAUGAAACCUUGUAUUAUUUUAUAAUAGAAGAAGAAGAAAAAUCUCCAAAUUCCGUGUGUUUAGUGUUUCAACUUCCUGGUGGCCGUUUAUGCGUCUCUGAUUUCUGAACUGUCUGUGGUCUCUUCUAGAAACUAUGCAAACCCAUCCGAUGUUUUUACUGCAUGAAAUCGAUGCCUUGAAUAUUUGGGUCCACUGUACUGGCCACACAUUUCUCUCUCUCUGUGUUGUUUCUUCUCGUUGUUCCGUUUGUCCGUAUCGCUGCCUUUUUGCAGUCGUUGCCUCUUUGUCUCUAUUGGUGUGAGUACAACACAAAUACUGUAUGAAAUUAUCAGUUGAACUGGAGGAAGACUUUGCCCAUUUUUGUACAUUAUACAUUUGGUAAUGUUUUUUAUGCGGCUUUUUAAAACGUAUGUAAAUCGUUGUUUCAUAUUUGUAACUAACACAGGAGAAGAUAUUUGCUGUUCUUUGUAUUUCGGCAUGUUUGUUUGUGGGUUGUUGUUUUUUUUUUUUUUUGCACCAUUUCAUCCUCAGUUCCCUCAGAACUGUGCAAUUAUGGACUUGGAAUCAUAAAAUGCAUCAAUAAGCCUGAGAGCAAUCGAGCCAGACCUGAAUCUGUAUUCAGGUCAGGUCUGAAUUCUUUACGUUUGUUUUACCUUGCUCGGAGUACCAUGUGAGUUUGGUGUAUACCUCAUUUUACAGCUCGUUUUGACAAUCACAGAAUAUUUUUUUCAUUAAAUAUUCAGCUAAAGGACUGGUGUGGGUGUGAUAGUCGGAUGUCUUGGCAGAAAUUGUACCCCAGUAUUCAAGUUAACGACCUGAAGCUGAGGAUUAUUAGUCGUCCACAACAAGCUCCUGACUUUAUGUCAGCAUAGGAAAAUGGUCCUUUUCCAUGGAGUCUGUCAGUGUUUCUACAUGUGAAUGCUUCUUCAGGUUACUCCGAUGUAGAAAAGGAGGGAUAUUCAAUUUGUAGACGUCACCAGAACCGACGCUGGUCCUUUAACAGACACAAAAACCCACUCAUGGUACUCGGCAGGUUGACACAAAUACACAGUGUUUGCUCCUGUGACCAGGCUGGCAAACACUAUCAUGUGGCUUUAUUUUAUUUUUUUAUAGUUUUUGACUAGAACACAUUCCAGUAAUGCAGUUUUUGUAUUAUGAACGAUGAAGAGUUUUUAAAAGGAAUGCAUUGUUGUUCAUCAUGAAACCACACACUUCUGGUAUUGAAUAAAAUCCAUACAUGUAAAUUAUUAAUAAAGGUGGCUUGUUUCUGGAUUA